AUGGGUUCAAAACCUUGCUGUUGCAAAAACACAUCAGACCCUAUCUAAGAAAUGAAGCUCAAAAUAGAACCAAUGAACAGUAUUCAUGAAAUAUUAGUGGCAGAUCUCAAAAAGCCUAUUCCUUUGGAACAAAUUAUGCCUCUCCAAUAGGAAGAUGACUUUGCUUUAUUUUUAGUGAUGGAUCAAUAUGAUCGUCUAAUCGUAAAAAGCAGAACAAAGGCAAAAUCCUAUUCUCCAGCAGGCGAUAUUUAUACUAAUUCAAGAGAAAAUUUUACUACUUAUUACAUGAGGAGAAAAAACCAUCAUAAACAGUGUAAAUAAACUAGAUCAUUAACUACAAAGCUAUCUACAUCCUUUUAAAGCAUAGGAAUUCGUAGCAUUUUGAAAAAAAAGGACCUUACAAAUAAUAAAUCAUCAUAUUUUCAAUAAAUAUCGGAUGUUUAAAAAUCAAUAAAAAGCGUACAUUUUGAUAUGGUUCAGAGUCCUAAAAAUUGUAUCAAUAGACAAACAGAUGUUUUGAAAAAAAAAAAAAUGUUCCUUAAGUCAUAUAUAUGA